AUGUUUAAGUUCAUUUGUGUUCUGGCACUAGUAGCCGUCGUCGCUGCUGAGCACCACGAGGAACAUUACGCUCAUCCAAAGUACAAGUUUGAGUACGGAGUACAAGAUUCUCAUACCGGAGACAACAAGGAUCAGUGGGAACAUCGGGAUGGAGAUGUCGUCAAGGGUCAGUACACUCUGUAUGAAGCUGACGGUACCAAACGAAUUGUGGAGUACAGCUCGGACAAGCAUCAUGGAUUCCAGGCUCACGUGAAACGAGUUGGGCAUGCCCAGCACCCGCAAAUCUACGGUCACCAGGAAGGUGGUCAUCAUACCGGUGGCAGUCACGAUCACGGUCAUGCUAGCAGCUAUGCCAAUUUGUAUCAGCACCAUCAUUGA